AGAUAUUCAAGGCCCAUCUGGACGCCUACCUGGGCAAUCUGCUCUAGGGAGCCUGCUUUGGCAGGGGGUUGGACCUGAUGAUCUGUUGAGGUCCCUUCCAACCCCUACAAUUCUGUGAUUCUGUAAAGUCACUGCUCUCUUCUUUCUGGGGACCCAGUCCUGCUUGGAAAAAUUGCAGUCUAAGUGGCUGGCUCCAGCCUUUCUCCUGUAACUUCCCAGCAUUCCAGCAUGCAAACAAGAUACACCCAUAUAGCAAUAGGAAGCAAGCUGAUAAGAGGCUGAUGCAGUAUUUAGCAAAGCCAUGGAGAAUGUAGAGCUGAGAGGAGGAAUAUCAAUACAACUAUGUGUGUUUAGCCACAUAUUCCAGACUCCACAACAGAUAUCGCCAGACUUGGCCAAGAAUUACAAUAUUACUCAUUAAGAGUGGAGAUAGUACGUGAGGUGAGUAUGUGAAUCCUGCUACAGGAUGUUACUAUGGCUGACAUAGUGUGUGUAAGCUGUGCAUUUCCACUGAGUUGUGUAGGAAGGUUAACCCUGCUUUGGUAUGCUUGGCUUAUUCAGCUUACACAUCUCUGCUCAUCUGCCACAGCUGUAUCCAGCCUAGCUCCUCAGUGCUCAGACAUGCAUACUGUCUACAGGAGUUAUGUUCUCUGGUGUGUGUCUUUGGGGAGAACCUGCUGGUAAGCAGCUGCAGAGAACAGGGUGGCAGUGACCUUCCCACAGAGGUUACAAAAUCAUGCUUUGGUGUCUCCUGCUAGCUGUCAGCAGGCAGUGCUUGGAGCCAUGAGCUGUGCCUGCCAUGUGGCCUGCACACGCUUGUGCCACCAGAAGAGCAUUAAGAGGGUGUCUGUCUGGGGCUGGGCUGAGCCCAAGCCCAGCUUCCACCUCCUUUCCUGCCUGGAACCCCCCUAUGCAGCCACCCAGGUGGCACCGGCACAGCCGUGCCCGGCACCCGGAACCAGGGGCUCUGUGACAUCGGCGUUGGCGCUGAGGGCUCCGUGGGCAACGCGGGCACCACACCACGAUCGGUUGCUGUGUUGGUUGCAACAAGCCCAGGGCACGAGCAGCUGCCUCUUGCCAUUGGGAAUGAUGAAUGUGCUGCCCUUCCUCCUGCUGCUGGCCAUGGGCUGGCUUGUGCAAGGCACGUCAGGAAACUGUGGGACCUGCGGGCUCCGCCCUAUGGCCAGGCACUAUGGCAUGAUGCGCGUCGUGGGCGGCACGAAUGCCCAGCCAGGAGCCUGGCCCUGGAUCGUCAGCAUCCAGAAUCCCUGGUAUUCAGGUGUUGGGCAUGUAUGUGGAGGGUCCCUCAUCAGCCCACAGUGGGUCCUCACAGCAGCACACUGCUUCGAAAAUGCAAGUUAUGUCACGAUGUGGCGUGUGGUGGUCGGUGCCAACCGGUUGUCUCAGCUGGGCCCUGAGGUUGAAGUGCGCAAUAUUAAGCGGCUACUGAUGCAUGAAUACUAUAGAGGUAUCAAAUCAGGGCAUGACAUUGCACUGCUGGAAUUGGACAAACCUGUCCAGUGCAGUCAAUAUAUACAACUUGCCUGCGUGCCUGAUGCCUCGCUGAAAGUGAUGGAUCUGUCAGACUGCUACGUCAGUGGUUGGGGUUCCACAGAGCAAAGAUCUGGACGAUCUCCUGAUAUCCUGCAGGAGGCCAUGGUCAAUCUCAUCAACCUCAAAAUCUGCAACAGCACUCAGUUUUAUAGAGGGGCCAUCAAGACCCACAACUUGUGUGCUGGUUAUAUGCAGGGUGGCAUCGACACCUGCCAGGGUGACAGCGGUGGUCCUCUCGUGUGCAAAGAUAACAAUGCUGACUACUUCUGGCUCGUUGGCGUGACCAGCUGGGGGACAGGCUGCGGUAGAAUGUAUCGGCCUGGAGUAUACACUUCCACUCAGGACUUUUACGACUGGAUCUUGGUACAGAUGGGACUGCGUCCAGUGGGAGAGGCUACUUCAACACCACAGCCAGUCGUUGUCUCAACCACUGUCCACAAGCCAAUACCAUCACAAUCAUCAGGCCCAUUUAGAUCAUGUCCAUUUCCACGCCAGAAACUCUCGGAAUUCUUUAAUUUGUUGCAGGAUCUCCUGCAGGUUCUAAGGAGAAAUAAUGCUUGAGCAGCCGGCUGAGCAUGAUCCAGUGCAGGCUGCAGCGUACUAUAACCAUUUUCUUCAGGGGCAAUGCCUGGUAAUCCAAAGGCAGCCCCAGUGCCAAAGGCCUGCUCUGUCUCGCCCACCCUCCUCUGACUACACAAACACUCAGUUUUACUUAGUUCAAGAAAUAAAGCUGCCUAUUUUCACAGCUAA